ACCGUAGCCCUAAUUUCAUUUUCUCCACUCUCCACUCCUCUGUGCGGCGGCUGCAGACAACGAAGCCGAGUGAGGCGGGGGCGCGGCGCCGUCUCUGCCCAUCUCCCUCCUCCCCGUCGCCUCGAGAGAUCACCACUCCCUGUCCCUCCCCAUAGUCCGUUCUCCCCUUCUUCCAUCCGCGACCAUGGAUGAGGAAGGCUUUCUCGACAGCAGCCGUCCGGCCGGCGACCCAGUUGGCGGUGGCAGCCAUAGAAGAUCGAGGUCAGGGGGCGACUGGGUCGACAAUGAGGGAGCCAUGGGGCGUGGCCACGUCCGGCCGAAUAUGGGGCUGGACUUGGGCAGCGGCUUUGGAGCUGCCGAUGCACAAGCUGGGCAAGGAUCCUCUCGUAAGAGGGUAGGCAUCGAUGCUAGAAGGAGUGAUACUGUCAACUUAGACGAUGAAGGUGAUGGUCUGAUCAGGAAUGGUUCAGCAACAAGAGAGGCACCUUUUAAAGGAAUGUAUCUCGUGCAGUUGAGAGGAGGCGUGGUAGUGGCAGUGGUGUUCGUGUUUCCCUUGGGAAACAGAGUAUCACAGCCUACUUUGACAAGCAAUUGUCGAGCAACAAAGUAUCAAUGCAACCCAAGAUCAGCACUGCUAUGGAUAGCAGCUCAAGGGAUGCUGUUGGCCAAGCUUGGGCGAAGUUUUUUCAUGCAAAUGACAUCGCUGGUCGAAAAGCUGACUGUCCAUAUUUUCAGGCUGCCAUGAAGAUCACUCAAAAUCUUGGUGCUGCUCCUAUUCCAACUGGAAAAGAGAUUGAUGGGAAGUAUUUAGACAAAAAUUAUGAAGAGUCUCGAGAGUGGCUGAAGCUAUUCAAGCAAGAUUGGAAGAACUAUGGUGUAACUGUUAUGUGUGACUCCUGGACUGGGCCUACUGGCAUGAGUCUUAUCAAUUUCAUGGUCUAUUGCAAUACACGGAUGUUCUUCCAUAAAUCCAUUGAUGCUUCUGGCCAGUCUCAAAAUUCAGAAUUUCUCUAUAGAGAGAUUAAACAGGUUGUUGUUGAAGAGAUAGGCCACGAAAAUGUAGUUCAGAUUGUUACUGAUAAUGGCUCAAAUUACAAGAAAGCUUGUAAAACUCUUGUUGAACAACCAGAAUUCAGUCAUAUUGUUUGGCAGCCAUGUGCAGCCCACACGGUUAAUCUAAUGCUUAAAGACAUAGGUAAGUUUCCUGAGGUUGAUGUGAUAGUCAAAAGUGCCAAGCAAAUCUGUAGGUUUUUUUAUAAUCACAACAACCUACAUGAUAGCAUGAGGAAGAACGUUGGUGGUGAGCUGAUUAAACCGAAUGCCACCCGGUUUGGAACUGUGUUUAUGUUCCUUGAGAGUUAUUUGGAGAAGAAAGAUAAAUUUAGGAAAUAGAUGGUGUCCGACGACUGGAAGAACAGUAUUUGGAAGAAUGAUGCGGACCAUGUGUUUGCUGAAGAGUUGCUAUCCAGUAACAUGUGGUGGACAGCCUUAGAAUGGGUUCUUGAUUUGCUUGAGCCACUCUAUGUAGCCCUCAGAUAUGCUGAUACACAAAAGAAAUGUACUCUAUCUGGUUUCAAGAAGACUAUGAUGACAGCCAUACAAAAGAUGAGUUCUCAUCUUGGUGGUGGGUCACAGAUGUUAGAUAGAGUCAUGAGCAAGGUGUCCCCGAGGAUGGAAGAUAUGCAAAAUGAGACACUAAUGGUUGCAGCUGUUGUCCUUGAUCCGUUCACACAUUAUCGGGUGAAUUUGAGCAACCUUCCAGAAUAUGCUUCUGCACUAACGGAUGUCAUCGAGAAGAUAGCAGACCCUGAGAGUGCUCUUUUGGCUAUCAAUGAAAUCAGCACUUAUAGGGAAUGUCGUGGGAGGUUUAGGCAUAGUUUGGCACGCUCUUCCGCAGAAAGAAUGGCACCAACUGAGUGGUGGUUCCAGUUUGGAGGGGAAGUUCCUAAUUUGCAGAAGUGGGCAUUGAGAAUUGUUUCACAGUGUGUCUCUUCAAGUGGCUAUGAGAGGAAUUGGACUGCUUUUGCCUUGGUCCACACGAAGCAAAGAAAUCGCCUUCUAUACUGCAAGCUUCACAAAAGUGUUUCUGUAUGCUACAACCUGAAGUUACGUGCUGAAGAAGAUGAAGAUAUUGUGAAGCUGAGUUAUAGGGAGAAGGAAAUUGAUCCAUGUGCAGUGAUGAUGGAUACAGUUAUGCAUGAAGAAUCAAACCCAAUGAUGGAGUGGCUGAACGAGGAUGAAGAGCAUAUAGUCCUUGAUGGAUCUGAUGCUGCUACUGCUGUGUUGGAGGAAAUACGUCGCCUUAACUCAAGGAGGAAAGCCUCUCAUCUUGGAAGGAAGGAAAUUAGCAGGAAAGGAAAGAGGGUACGUGAAGAUGAGGAGGAUGAGUUCAUUAGCAGUGAGGAUGAUGAUGAAGCGAAUGGAUCCAUGGACAUUGAUGAUGGUGAUGAUGGCCAAGAAGAGGAUGAUGAAUCUGAUGGAGAAGGUUUGCCAAGACAAGCUGAAAAAGAUGCACGAAGCCAAGUGAAUGAUAUUGAGGUAACAAGGGAUGAAAAUAUGGUGAAUCGUAGAUCUGGACGGCAAGCCAAGAAGGUCAAGGACGUCAACUCCCUUUACUAUUAGACUGAAGACUGGAAGAAAAUUGAAGUCUACCUGAUGUGUUUUGGAGGCGCUGGUUUGAACUUCGAUUAGUUCUGCUCUAUGACUUGUGGAUUGUGAAUCUGGACUAUUGUGUGUGUAUUUUGGACUCGUAGUAGGGAUUGGUGUGUGGGUAUUUUGGACUGUAAUUUGAAGUUCUAAUAUGCACUGUUAUGUGUGUACCUUGGGCUAAUAUGGACUGUUAACUAGCCUAUUGAGUAGAUCUGGACUACUGGAUGUUAUAUCAUGCUCUGAACCGAUGUUUACCAUUGAGAUGGAGUUCUAA